CCAGUUUUAGUCCAGGUUUAGUCCCGAUGUCGGUGCUCCCGGUCUGGGUCAGGAUCCUGAGGAGGGUCUGGUCUCUGAAGACCACGUUCAUUCUGGUCUUCACUCCCUUCCUCCUGUUACCACUGGCAACCGGUACUAAGGAGGCGGCGUGCGCUUAUGUCAUCGCGGUCAUGGCGGUGUACUGGUGCACCGAGGCCCUGCCCCUCGCCGUGACCGCUCUGCUGCCCACCGUCCUGUUCCCCCUGCUGGGCAUCAUGGAGAGCAAAGACGUGUGCGUGCAGUACCUGAAGGACACAAACUUCCUGUUCGUUGGCGGUCUGUUGGUGGCAGUGGCGGUGGAGCAUUGGGACGUUCACAAACGCAUCGCGCUCAGAGUCCUGCUGAUGGUCGGGGUCCGGCCCGCGCUGCUGAUGCUCGGGUUCAUGAUGGUCACGGCGUUCCUCUCCAUGUGGAUCAGUAACACGGCCACCACCGCCAUGAUGGUCCCGAUCGUCCAGGCCGUUCUCGACCAGCUCCACGGACCAAGACCGAACCAGGACCAGACUGAGACCAGAUCUGAGACCAGGACCGGACCUGAGACUGGAACUGGACCAGAGACCGGACCUGAGACCGGACCAGAGACCGAGACCAGACCUGAGACGCACCCAGAACCAAAGAUGGACCCGGGCUCAGGGGAGAAAGUCCAACUGGAACUAGGAGAGAAGAGCCACUGCGUCCUCAUGUCCAGCUCUGAAACUGGUUUGAUCUCAGAGAAGUUAGACUCAGAGCACAUUGCCCCGCCUCCUCCAGUGAAGCUCCUCCCCCUGGCCCCACCCACCUCAGUGGUCCUCUCUCUGGGGGUGGAGGAGCUGUGUGAUGAAGAAGAGGAGAGUCUGAGGAGGUCCAAAGGUUUGCUGCUGAGUGUGUGCUACGCCGCGAGUAUCGGAGGAAUCGCCACUUUGACCGGGACCGGACCCAACCUGGUGCUGGUCGGACAGAUGAGCCAAUUGUUUCCUCAGAACGGAGACGUCAUAAACUUUGCGUCGUGGUUUGCCUUCGCCUUCCCCACCAUGAUCCUGAUGCUGCUGCUGGCCUGGCUCUGGCUGCAGCUGCUCUACAUCGGCUGCAAGUCUUGUGGCUGUGGAUCUUCUCGGUCUGAGGAGGAGGACUCGGCCUUCGCUCUGAUCCAGGAGCAGCACCGGAGCCUGGGGCCCAUCAGCUUCGCUCAGUGCAGUGUGCUGCUGCUCUUCAGCCUCAUGGUGGCGCUGUGGUUCACCCGAGACCCGCGCUUCAUGGACGGAUGGGCCACGCACCUCUUCAACAACAACAAAGAGUAUGUGACAGACGCGACUGUGGCUCUGUUUGUGGCUGUGCUUUUGUUCAUUCUUCCGUCUGAACCUCCCACUCACCUGUGCUUCUGGAGGAGCACCCCCUCAGAGUCUUCGGUGCCCGCUGGCCCCGCCCCCGCGCUGCUCACAUGGGGCGUGGCUCAGAAGAAGAUGCCCUGGAACAUUGUCCUGCUGCUGGGAGGAGGAUUCGCCCUGGCCAAAGGCAGCGAGGAGUCGGGUUUAUCACGGUGGCUCGGGGAGCAGAUGACUCCUCUUCAGUCUAUCCCGCCCUGGGCCGUUGCCGUGGUGAUCUGCCUCCUCGUUGCCACGUUUACCGAAUGCGCCAGCAAUGUCGCCACGGCAACGCUCUUCCUGCCCAUCCUCGCCUCCAUGGCCCAGUCCAUGUCGCUGAACCCUCUUUACGUGAUGAUCCCGUGCACACUCAGCGCCUCCUUCGCCUUCAUGCUGCCUGUAGCCACGCCCCCCAACGCCAUCGUCUUCUCCUACGGCUACCUCAAAGUCUCCGACAUGGCUCGCUCUGGCGUCGUCAUGAACAUCAUUGGGAUCCUGUGCAUCAGUUUGGCGGUGAACAGUUGGGGCCGAGUCCUGUUUGGACUGGACCAUUUCCCUGAGUGGGCCAAUACUACUGCGCCACUUUAAAGUACUGCAAAUACUACUACUACUAGUACUACUCCAGUUUAAAAGUUCUAU